UGGUGCGCAGUAAGGGCGCGCUGGUGUUCCACCUGGCUCGCAACCCCUCAUCCGAGGCGAGCGAGCUGAGACGCUCCAAGUGUUGAUGGUGCGGCGUGCGCGCGCGCGUGCGUGGUGCGCAGGAAGGUGGCGCUGGUGAUCAUCCUGACGCGCGCGGGGCUGGACCUGGACCCCACGGCGAUGGCGCGCCUGCGCGUGGCCGUGCUCAAGCUCAGCCUGGUGCCGUGGGUCGUGGAGUGCGUGGCCGUGGCCAUCUCGGCCCACUUCCUCAUGGGCCUGCCCUGGAUGUGGGGCUUCCUGCUCGGGUCGGUGGUGGCGGCGGUGUCCCCGGCCGUGGUGGUGUCGUGCCUGAUCCGGCUGCGCGCCAAGGGCUACGGCGUGGCCAAGGGCAUCCCCACGCUCAUCAUCGCCAUCUCGGGCAUCGACGACGCCAUCUCCGUCGCCGGCUUCGGCAUCAUCCAGAGCGUCAUGUUCUCCAGCGAGUCGCUGGCGUACCAGAUCGCGCAGGGCCCGCUCUCCAUCUUCGGGGGCCUGCUGUUCGGAGGCCUCUGGGGGCUGCUGGCCAAGUUCGUGCCCGAGAAGAACGACCCGUUCGCGGUGCCGCUGCGCAUCCUGAUGCUGUUCGGCGGCGGCCUCAUCGCCGUCUUCGGCAGCGAGGAGGUGGGCUUCGGCGGCGCGGGCCCGCUGGGCGCCGUCGCCGCCGCCUUCGUCGCCUGCUACUACUGGUCCAAGCAGGGCUGGGAGGUCGAGGACAACCCCGUGGCGACGGCGUUCGAGGUGUUCUGGAUGAUCUUCGAGCCCAUCCUGUUCAGCCUGACGGGCACGCAGGUGCGCUUCGACGAGCUGGCGGGCGACACCGUCACCGUCGCCUUCGCCUGCCUCAUCAUCGGCAUCGUGAUUCGAAUUGUGGUCACGGUUAUUGUUGCCAUCGGGAGUAAACUCAACCUCAAGGAGAAAAUAUUCGUGGCGUUGGCGUGGAUGUCCAAAGCUACCGUCCAAGCUGCUCUUGGCCCUGUUGCUUUGGAUCUUGUGCGGCCAGAGAACAAUGAACAGAAAACAGGUUACGCAGAGAAGGUACUUGUUGUUUGCGUAUUGUCCAUCAUGAUAACCGCCCCUGUUGGGGCCAUUCUCAUGACAAUAUUGGGUCCUCGACUCUUAAAGAAGACAUCGAUGGCGCCUGUUGUUGAAGGCUGGCGUCGCAGUGCUCGACCUUCCUUGCGCGAUAUCACCAUUAUUGAUGAGGAAGAAGAUGGUGAUGGGGUUGCUACAUAACCUUAAUGCCAAGGUAAACUUGUGGACUGUUCUUAUCUUUGUCUAUAAUUAAGACAUUGAGCUUCAACCAGUGGAGUUAUGACACUGAUCAGUAAAGCAGUGAAUGCAAUGUCGUGCUGAUGAUCCUGCAUUUUAACAAUUGAAACGUGCCAUCACAAUAAUCAGUGAUGUCAGUUGAUUGUCUCAGUUUAAUUUUUAUUUAUGUGGAAAAUAACAUUGGAAAAGUUUUUAAUUGUUAAUUGUGAGGAUAAAUUAUGUGUUUAUCCAAACUUCUAUGUGUAUGUAUUAAUUGUUUGUAUUUGAAAAUGGGUGUUGAGGAAUGAAGAAUGUAAAUUGGUUGGAAUGAAGGUGUGAAUGUCUUGUAAAUUUCUGAGUAGUUAAGAUUGUGAUAGUUCUGUAACAAUUUUGAGAUAAGAAUUGUUAUUUAUUGUUGUAAAUUUGCUUUUAACACAUUACCAAUACUCUGUUGAUGGGUCAUUAGCAGGUUGUCUUCAAGUAUCAAUUAUUGUUGGAAACAGUGAUGCCUUGUAAAGAAUCUUGGACAAAAAACAAGUGUUGUCACAGCUUUUCGUAAUGAUUGCAUGAUUUUCCUUGUAAUUGUUGUUAGAAUCUUUGUAAUUGUUGGUGGAAUCUUGCACCAGUCCUGGACUGAUAAAAAUGGUGUGUAACUACCUACUCCAGUUGUAAGUAAUCCAUUGUAUUUUAUUUGUAUAUUGUAAAUAUAAAGUUCACUGUAUAUAGGUCCUCAUUUGCAAUACUCUUAUCAAAAGUGUGCCAAUUGUUUAACUCUCAUGAGAAAGUGUGACUGUCAUUCUGUGCCUUCUGAAAUGAUUACUUUUGACCACAGUGGAAAUACACUGUGCUUUUGAUCUGUGUAUAAACAAUUGCAAUGAAAGCUGUUAACAGCCACAUUUUACUAAAGGACUCUUUAUACAAGUAAUUAUCUGUUACUUGUAAUGAAUUACAAUGGUAGUAAGUGUGGAACUGCUUUAGCUAAAUCUUUUAAUUUUUUCAUCAAUAUUUAAGAAAUUGGCAGAAUGGUUUUGAAAAGAUAUGAUGCUCGAAAACACCCUUUUUUUAUUGUAUUGAAUACAUUAAAAAGUAGUAACACACAAACUGGGAAUAAAAUGAAUUUGCUUUUAUUUAUAUUUUGGAAUUUAUUUGAAUAGGAUUUUACAUUUGUGGAAGAUUUCUGGGUGUUGUGUAGAAACCAUAAUCCUUUGUGGUAAUCGGUGCCCAACAUCUGAUAUGUUUAAAAAUACUUCUGUUAUUUAUUGAAGCAAAUCACAUUUGUGUGGAUGUGUAUGAAUUAUAUAAAUUUUCAUAGCAUGUUGCUAAUUGCUGAAAAUAGUUUAUUAGUACUGUUUCUGCCUGCUUUUCAAUAUUUCAUGUACUCUGAAUUAAUCUCCAUUGCAAUGUGGAGUUUAAUUUAGAAAUGGAUUUAAUUAAAAAAACGAUAUCUGUAUUUUCAUGCAAAUUGAACUAUGCAUCCAUACAACUAUGCCAAUGGUUUCUAAAUCCAGUGAAGCAAAUGUAUAUUCAUGUAGUACAAUUGGUGUUCCUGUGAUUGUGUGGUUGUGUAUGAAACAGUUAAUAAAUUUCAGUAAACCUUA